GGUUACUGAACAGUCGCGACUGUUUAUCUUCAACGUCCACCUCUGGCUUUAUUUAUAAAUAUUUGUGCUCAAACUUUUCAAGCUCCAUCAUCGUAUUUUCAACAUCAAAAUAUUAAAUCUUAUCGCUCUCAGGUAUUCUGUCUGAUGGAGGGAAGUUCAUUCGAGGGCGAUUGCGAGUUCUAUUCUCCACAAACUAUUGUCUUAGUUGGAAGAAAGGGUAAUGGGAAAAGCGCAACGGGAAACAAUAUUCUUGGAACAAAACUAUUUAGAUCUGAGCGUAGUUCAUCUGUUGUAACAACUACCUGUGAGUCGAAAUCAACAACAUUGAAAGACUGCCGGAAGAUAAACGUGAUUGAUACCCCUGGUAUCGAUAUUAACUGUGAAACAGAAGCAGAGAUUUUAGGUUCUUGUGCUGAUACUAAAUUUACUGAGGGGAUUAUCAAUAUGGUUGGGGAUGGUAUUCAUGCAUUUCUAGUGGUCUUGUCAAUUCGUAGUCGGUUUUCAACAGAGGAAGAAGCUGUGAUAAGGAGCCUGCUGAAACUUUUUGGAGGAAAAAUUUGUAAUUACAUGAUAUUUGUUUUCACUGGUGGUGAUCUACUUGAGAAGGAUGAUGAGACUUUGCAAGGUUUCUUACAUGACUGUCCUGAAAAGUUAAAGGAAUUCUUAAGGCUGUGUGAGAAUCGGUGUGUUCUUUUUGAUAACAAGACAGAAGAUCAAACAAAAAGAUCAGAUCAAGUAGAGAAACUUUUUUCAGUUGUAGACAUAAUGUCAAGAAAGAAUGAUUGGAAACUAUACACCAUUGAGAUGUUCACAGAAUGGAAGAAAGAAACUAUGGAACAAGCUGAAAAUUCUCAAGCCUUGAAGGAGUCCAAGCAAUUUAACGAACUGGAAGUAUCAAUGCGGACAGAUCCGAUGCAUAAUGGGCAGUUGAAGCGAAUAAUUGAAAUGGUUGAGCCGAAAAUGAAUGAGAGAACUUUAAGUCUUGAACGACAAUUGGCAGAAGAGCGGGCUGCACGGUUGAAGGCUGAAGAGGAUGCUACAGUCGCUCAACAGAAAUCAGAUGAGGAGAUUCGUUAUAUAAGAGAACAGAUAGAAAUCGCCACGAAGAGUCGGAGGGCUCUACGCAAUCUCUCUGAGAUCAAGAAUGCCUUAUGUGUUAUCUUGUGAUAUCUGAUUAGUUAACAACACACUAGUAAGUGGUAAGUUGUUCAAAUAACGGUUUCUUGUUCGAGUGUUGAAUGGUUCUGUCUACAAAUGUUUGUUACUUUUGACCUUAAUUUGAGGUAUCUUUUGAAUGUUUU